AUGACUUUUACCAACCGUGCAGCUUGGAUACAGGGCGAGAAGGUGCAUCCUGUUGUGGUAGAGGAUGGGCCAACACCCAACCCUUCAGAGGACGAAGUGGUGAUCAAGGUUUCCCAUGCAGCAGUCAACCCGGCCGAUUGGAUGUGCCAGGAUAGUGCUCUGCCACCACACAUCAAGUACCCAUUUAUUCUUGGAUUGGAUGUUGCUGGAACAAUUGUCCAGUUGGGGUCCAAUGUGACACGCUUCAAGAUAGGGCAGCGAGUGAUUGGUCACUGCGAUGGUCUUGGUACUGCCAAGGCCUCGAAUAUGGGGUUCCAACUCUACUCAACAACCCGGGAGAUCUUUGUUUCGGCCAUUCCUGACUCCCUGCCGCUCGAAAAUGCCGCCGUUCUCCCCUGCUCUAUAUCAACUGCAGCUACUGCCCUAUUUGUGCAUCUGAAGGUUCCACUUCCAUCCUUGAAUCCAAAGCCAGUAGGACAGAGAAUCUUGGUGUGGGGAGGAAGCUCAUCGGUUGGAUGUUCUAUGAUCCAACUUGCAGUUGCCGCUGGCCUUGAAGUGGUCACUACGGCUAGCGCCGCGAAUCAUGAUCUCAUGAAAUAUCUUGGGGCAUCUCACGUGUUUGAUUAUCAUGAUGCUGAUGUCUCAGAGAAGAUUUCGAAAGUUCUUAGAACUGGAGAUCUUGUUGUGGAUGCUAUCAGCACCGCAGGGACACAAACCCAAUGCGGAGGGAUACUUGGAAGACUCGGCGGUGGUACUCUUCCAGUGACGCUACCUCAGGCUGGCACAUUCCCUGAGAAUGUGAAGGCUACCUUUAUUAUUUGCAUUGAUCCGGGCUUCACAGUACUUGAUGUAGGAAAUGCAGUAUGGCGAGAAUAUAUCCCUGAAGCCCUAGCUGCAGGAAAAUUCCAAGCAAAGCCAGAUCCCAUCGUCAUUGAGGGUGGACUGGAGAAAGUACAGGAAGGUAUUGAUCUUCUACGAAAGGGCGUUUCGGCUAAGAAGGUUGUGAUAAACUUGUCCUAG